GCAGCGCGCGCGCUCCCGGAAACAAUCCUACCUCUCCCGUCGUGCCACGGGCAGUCUUUCUGUAUCGUUUCCAAGAUGGCGACCUCCUGCGGGCUCGUGCGUGCCUGGAGGCGGCUGAGUCUGGGGGUCCCGCCGCGCAGGGCAUUGUGGGGCGACCUGAGGAAGAAGGUGAGAGAACCAGAGGUGGUUGAAACAGCUGUUUUAGUGAAAGAGCCACCCAUCCUGGUAUGUCCCCCACCACGCAGUAGGAAGUACCUUCCCCCAGAGGAUCUCCAGAGUCGUCUUGAGUCUCAUGUCAGGGAAAUCUUUGGACCCUCGCUCUCUGAGGACUGGCAAAAGGCCUCACUAAAAGAAAGCAAGUUAAAGUAUCGCCUGCUGGCGCAACUGGCUGCAGAACUAGGCCAUGCGGUCCCCAAUUCACGACUCCACCAAAUGUGCACUGCUGGGGAUGUCUUAGCUUUCUACAGCACGCAGGUCAAAGAUGCCUCAAAAUUUGAUGAGCUAUGCACUGCAGAGCUGCCUUCAAACUUAAAGAUUAUGUGGGAACACUGAGUCAUGCCAGAGAAGAGGGAUGACUUCUGGGAUGAUGUCUAGGCGACAUUCAUCAUGGUGAUGGUCUACACAUCAUAUACUCCGUUGGGAGUUCAUUUAAAUGUCUUCAGAUUUCAAGGACACGGCUUACUGCUUACCAAAAAAAAAAAAAAAAAAAAAAAACUUUUGUUAUGAUGCAACAGUGACAGCUGGUCAGUAAAGAGAACAACAUUUGUAUCCCCUCUAUUCCAGGCCAUGCUCCUUAUUUAAGGGUACAGCAACACUGCAAAAAACAAACUAGCAGAUAGUUUCAGAGACUGGGUCACCUGACUCAGGCUUAUAGUACAAGGCUCAGACUCUUUUGCUGUGUUGACAUACCCUACGAGUAAUAGAGGUUGAGGAUAGACAAAGGGCACUGAUCCUUGCAUCACUGUAAACUUCGUUACUGGAAUCGGUAUUGCAUAAUGGGGUUUAGUGACCUUGCCAUAUACAUGAUGUAGAGAGGCGGAUAUUGAGGGAAUUUGUCAGACUUAUUCAUGUCUGCUGGAGCUAACAGAUUGUGGAGGAGGGGUGGGGAAAGAGUCACCCUUUCCCUUUCUCCAGUGUAUCUUGUAACAGUCAGCCUUCUCUGGAUGGGGUGGAAAUGUAGGUCCUAUCAGCAAUAGCACAAUCAAAGCACUUCCAGAUGCAGUGUCCUCAAAUCCAUUAGGUGUAGGGUGUUUAGAUUACAAAUUGGCUGCUCUUGAAGAAACUGCUGUGUGGAUGUACCAAAACACACAACUGGUUGCUUUUAGACAAUGAGCUUUAGGCUAAUUCAAAACAACCAUUGUCUUAAGUUAACAUUUUCAGAUAUCACCAUGAUUCAGUAUAGCUAUUACAUUUCCUAGUUAAGGACCCCCACCAUAUGCUAGGAAACUGAGUUCUGGUCCUUUCAGCAGUUAUUUAUUACAGUUCUCUCUCUUCAGAAGUUUUCCUUACCACAGUGUAAGUAUGUCUCCAAUAGUUCGAGUCAGCAAGGGUAGACAGUGGUGGUGAUUUGAUGUACAUACCCAUCAACGACAUAUGAAACAAAAAUGGAAACCUUUUGUAAGGAAAUGUAAAAUAAAUGACAAGGUGUGGAAAUGUA